AUGUCUCAGAAAACACAAGAACCCGUCAUCACCAAAACCUCUGACCUCCCGGUCGACGAGGCAAAGUGGAUAACCCUCAAAAAGAUUGAGUACGUCGAUCAAGUCGGCAAGGCACGAACAUGGGAGGUCGCAACACGAAAAACAAGAGGGAAGUCAGGCGUCGAUGCUGUCGCAAUGGGAAAUAUUCUCCUCCACCCAUCAAAGCCUGCGUCCACUCUGCUCGUCAUUCAGUACCGACCCCCUCUUGACGCCUACACCAUCGAAUGGCCCGCUGGACUCAUCGACGCUGAAGAGACUGCUGAAGAAGCGGCUGUUCGAGAAUUCAAGGAGGAGACUGGGUACGACUGCAAGGUUUUGAGUGUCAGUCCUGCGCAAGCCGCUGAUCCCGGAAUGACAAACGCCAACAUGCAACUGGCAAUGGUGGAGGUUCAAUUGGGCGAGAAUGAUGAAGAGCCGGAGCAAAGACUUGAUGAUGGAGAGCACAUCCAACGGGAGAUCAUUCCUUUGUCCCAGUUGUAUGAGCGUUUGGUUGAGUACUCCAAGAGAGAGCGUACAGUUGUUGCGGCCAAACUGUUUCACUUUGCUGCAGGCAUGCAUUUUGCCCAAACUCAGAAACCCAAGAGGUAUGGCAUUCAACCGUCUUGUUCGCUCGCUAACUUGACAAGGAAGCAGAGAGACUCCGAGCUUGUAUCCAACCUUGAAGAUGAACUCCUUGCCCUCAAAGACUACGUACGCAAGCUCGAGGCUGCAUGCGGACAUGCUAGUCUUCCAAACUUCGCACCAAGCACCCUCGAUGAUGACGUUGGUACUUUGACGGUCCCCGAGAUGACAUCCAAAGCUCUGCCAUCAAUGACUGGAGAGACAUCCUUUGUUGGCCCAUCUGGUAGCUUCUGCUUCCCGGUCAGUGGCCAUGGCAUUGAGACUCAGUCCACCGGCCCUGAGGCAGAAGAGAGUAUCCAAGUAUUACUCGACCUGUUCCGACAGCACAUCAAUUCGGUCCACCAUUUCGUUCCCCCGCCCGUGAUUGAGACGCUCAAAGCGCCAGAGAGUCUCGAUAGUGAGCUAUUGCAAGCGUCAGUCCUGGCAGCAGCGAGUCUUUUCGCCGAUUCACAGAGACAGGUGUAUGCGGACCGAGCUGAGGCGAUCGUGAUGAAGUGCUGCCGUACAAUCCCCAGCGUCGUGACGAUACAAGCUCUAGCCAUAUUGACGUGGCGCGAGCUAGCAUUGGAGAACGAGAACAAUGCAUGGCUGUACAAUUCUAUGGCGGCGAGUCUUGUAGUUCACCUCGGGCUGCACGUGAGCUCCUUGGAGAAUGUCAUGCAGAUACCAAUUGGGCCGCCUUCAGACAUCGACAAGAGCGUACGUGUGCAGACGUUCUGGUCGGUCUUUUUGAUGGACAGAAAUUCCACCUCGAUGCUUGGGCGAAAUUGCAUGAUUCCCUGGCGGAGAGUUCGAGCGACACCAUACCUCAAAGCAUGCAGCAACCCCACAACAGAGGACGCGAUCUUUGACGCGCACUGCCAGAUGUGGUUCAUUCACGACCGAUACAUGGACAAAAUAUAUUCCUUCGAGUUCGGCGAGCUUGAACAUUUCGAACGACAUCAGCUUCUCUCAGAAGCCCGAGAUCACCACAUGAACUUCUUCCGCCAGAUAGGCCGCGACCUUGAACUCCGAAAGAACAACAUGAGCCCCCAAGUCAUCCUCCUUCACAUGGUCUACAACAUGUCGCUACUUCUGAUACAUCGGCCAUAUCUCCGAGAACCGAAAGACAGUGCCGUGCAUCAAUUAUCCGUCAGAACAAACAUGACCUCCGCACACGCCCUGGUCAGACUGAUCCGACAAUACGACAAAGAAGCCAAUCUGGAGAACGCCCCGUUCUUUGCAGUACACUGUGUCCUUACAGCCGCUGUGAGCCUGCUGCUGAAUGUGACAUACGCCAACUCGACGAUUCGCGGCCAAUCUGUACACCGGUUCCGCGUCUGUGUUGACGCAUUGGACAAGAUGAAGAGGUGGACGAGGGCAAGGCGAGGUCUACUGCUUCUCAGAGAGCUGGCCAACAGGUGGAAGGUCGUGUCUGCGUUGCCCAUGAGACACAGCGUUCCCCUCGUUGCACCAACACAGGAGACUCCCCAGACCGACGAUAAUGACCUCGAUUGGGGGAUGCUGUUUGCCAAUCUCGAAGAGCCUCUCAGUUUGGAUACUAUUGACCUCUCGACGCCUACGGGGGAAUGGGUGUUUCACGAAGGCGACGAAAGCAAUCUUUUUGUGUUCCCUCCGGGGGGCUCCUAG